AUCUUGAAAAAACCAAUUAUCCAUCCGAAUUAUUCCCAACCAUUCAUUUAGUAGACUUUGAGCAAUUACAAGGUGGUUAUACGAAUUCUAAAUUACGAAGCCACCCUUCGUUAUCCCACAUGGUUUUUUUCUUUAAACUAGAUGCUGAAAAUAUUUACAAUGAAUAUACCAAAAAUAUCCCUGAUGAUCUAAAAGAAGAGUGGUUAAAAUAUAAAUCAAGAGUCGUUCAAGAAUAUCAAGAUGACAUCUUAAAAAUCAAACACCCUUCAAUUGUUGGUCAGACUUUUGACGAAAUUUUUGAUUUUCCUAUAUUCAUUCCUA